GAUUGAUUUCCAAAGACUCAUGUUACAUGAGGAAGCCACCAAGAAGAGCAAAGAAAAGGAUCCAGGGAUGGCUCUUCCUCAGCCUCCUGGAAACAGACACGCUGGGAACGAGGCUGAGAGAGGCACAGGUCCCGCCCUGGCCCCGCCCUCUGCCGGUUCUAAAGAGGAAAGUCUCUCCGCCUUCCGCCCCGCCCCGCCCCUACUCCUCAAGGCCCUGCCCACCUCCUCGCGGGCCCCGCCCAGACCUGGCUUCCGUACUGCGUGCGCAGAUUCGCGCAAACCCGGAAGCGGGUUUCGUGGAGUGAAGGUCACAGCGCGGCGGACCGACUUCUAAGGACUCUUGGUACGUGAAGAAGAAAUCCAGAAAAGGAAGAGGAAAGCAAAGGAGUCAGGGAUGGCUCCUCCUCAGGGUCUACUGACAUUCAGGGAUGUGGCCAUAGAAUUCUCUCAGGAGGAGUGGAAAUGCCUGGACCCUGCUCAGAGGACUUUAUACAGAAGCGUGAUGUUGGAGAAUUAUAGGAACCUCGUCUCCCUGGGUAUUUUUUCUAAAUAUGAGAUCAAGGAAUUACCAACAAAAAAGGAGAGUAAUACAGGAGAAAUAUUCCAGACAGUAAUGUUGGAAAGACAUGAAAGCCACGACAUAGAAGAUUUUUGCUUCAGUGAAACCCAGAAAAAUGUACAUGACUCUCAGUGUCAGUGGAGACAUGAUGAAAGACAUUACAAACGCGUGUGUGUAACCUAUAAGGAAAGUCUCAUUGGUAGAAGAGACAUGCAUGGUAGAAAGGAUGAUGCACAAAACAAGCCUAUUAAAAAUCAACUUGGAUUAAACUUGCAGUCACACCUACCAGAACUGCAGCUAUUUCAAGCUGAAAGGAAAAUAUAUGAGCAUGAUCACAUGGAAAAAUCUGUCAACAGUAGUUCCUUAGUUUCCCCACCCCAAGGUAUUUCUUCUACUGUCAAAACCCACGUUUCUCAUACAUAUGAAUAUCAUUUUGUGGAUUCGUUAUUCACACAAAAAGAGAAAGCAAACAUUGGGACAGAACACCUCAAAUGUAGUGAGUGUGGCAAGUCCUUUCACCAAGGCUUACAUUUUACUAUACAUCAAAUAAUCCAUACUGAGGAGAAGCAGCUUAAAUGUGAUAUAUGUGGCAAGAGCUUCAAAAAAAAAUCAAACCUUGCAAGUCAUCGAAGAAUUCAUACUGGAGAGAAGCCAUAUAAAUGUAACGAAUGUGGCAAGGUCUUCAAUAAUAUUUCACACCUUGCACAGCAUCGCAGGAUUCAUACUGGAGAGAAACCAUAUAAAUGUAAUGAAUGUGGCAAGGUCUUUAAUCAAAUUUCACACCUUGCACAACAUCAAAGAAUUCAUACUGGAGAGAAACCUUAUAAAUGUAAUGAAUGUGGAAAGGUAUUCCAUCAAAUUUCACACCUUGCACAACAUCGGACAAUUCAUACUGGAGAAAAACCUUACAAAUGUAACAAAUGUGGCAAGGUGUUCAGUCGCAAUUCCUACCUUAUACAACAUCUGAUCAUUCAUACUGGAGAGAAACCCUAUAAAUGUAACGAAUGUGGAAAGGUCUUCAAUCAUAUUUCACACCUUGCACAACAUCGGAGAAUUCACACCGGAGAGAAACCCUACAAAUGUAACGAAUGUGGCAAGGUCUUCAGUCACAAGUCAUCCCUAGCAAAUCACUGGAGAAUCCAUACUGGAGAGAAACCUUACAAAUGUAAUGAAUGUGGCAAGGUCUUCAGUCGCAAUUCAUACCUUGCCCAACAUCUGCUAAUUCAUACUGGUGAGAAACCUUAUAAGUGUGAUGAAUGUGACAAAGCAUUCAGUCAAAAUUCACAUCUUGUACAACAUCGCAGAAUUCAUACUGGAGAGAAACCCUACAAAUGUAAUGAAUGUGGCAAAGUCUUCAGUCAAAAUUCAUACCUUGCAUAUCAUCGGAGAAUUCAUACUGGAGAAAAACCUUAUAAAUGUAAUGAAUGUGGGAAGGUCUUCAGUCUAAACUCAUCCCUAGCACAUCAUCGAAAAAUUCACACUGGAGAGAAACCUUACAAAUGUAAUGAAUGUGGCAAACUCUUCCGCAACAGUUCAUAUCUUGUAGGUCAUCAGAGAUUUCAUACCAGAGAGAAAUCUAGCAAAUGUAAUUAAUGUGGCAGAGUGUUCAGUCAGCAUUAAAGCCUUGCAACACGUACAAUAAUUUAUACUGGAGAAAAACUUUGCAAGUAUAAUGAAUGUAGCAGAGCCUUUAGUUUUUGUUCAAGGCUUAAUAACCAUUAGCUAGUCCAUGGGGAGAGAAACUUUACUAAUGUAUUGAAUGUGGCAAGGCCUUAAGGUAAAAGUCUGAGAUCAGGAUUUUUCCAAGAAUUCUUGCUGGUGAGAAACCUAACAAACGUAAUGAAAGUGGCAAGGUCUUCUGGCACAAUUCUCACAUUGUACACUAUUGCAAAAUUUCAUACUUGAAACAAAAACACUGAGAGUGGGAAACCAUUAUGACUUCAAACAUUCAUCAGCAUCAGAGAAUCCAUACUAACGAGCCUUUAUAUAAUUAUAUGUGAUAGAGAUUUUCUGCAGGCCAUAGUGUUACUAAGCAUCAAAAACUUUUUUGAUGAAACCAUAUAAAGGGAAUGUGCAUGCUUAGGCUUUUACCCAAGCAUCAAAACUGGAACAUCACAGGGUUUACACUGGAGAGUAACUACACAAACAUAAUGAAUAUAAUAAGCCUUUCAGUGUCAUAUUCAUUAUUUUCUCAUGAGAGAUCUACUCAAUAAAAACCAAGUAAAUAUAGUGAA